CCUGAGAGAGAGAGAGAAAACAAAACAAAAGGGGCAUUGUGGGGUUUGGGGAUUUUAUUUUACUAUUACUUUAUGUGCAGCCUGUAAUGUAAGUAAUACAGUAUAAUGUAAAUGAAAAGAAAGAGAAUCUUUCUCUCUCUCUCUCUCUCCGUUGGAUACAUCCGGCCAGCUCCCAUCUAUUUAUGUAGGAUGAGCAUUUUCCAAUCUUUUUAUUUUGUUUGCCAGGCCUCUCAUCGUUAGGAUUUGGAUUUCUCUCUCAAUCCCUCCUUUUUAAUUCACUCCCAUCCUCUUCCUUCCAUCUACACCAUUUUCGGUUUCUCUAUAUUAUUAUUAUCAUUAUUUUAUUAUUGUUUUUUUUGGGCUUUUUUGCUUUUUCUCUUCAAUCACUUUCAGACCUUCUUCCAAAAGUAUAAGGAAUCCAAAGUUACUCCCACUUCAACUCUGCAACGCCUUCAAACCCUUCUCUUCUCUUCAAGCAUGGAUCUGUUUCCUUGACAGAAUUUACUCUUGUUACUGCAGUGUCUUCUCUCUUGUUUCUAACUGCUACUAUUUUCGUUACGAACGCCAUUAAUUGCUCCAAUGCAUUGCAUAAUGCUCUCAUUUACAACGCCAGCUGAAUUGCAUUGUAAAUGAAUUUAAAGACUUUGAAGCAUCGAUGGUGCUUCUUCCAAGUCUCGCGAUGCUUUUUCCAUUGAUGUUUUUAUUCUGCUUGCCACCUCUCAUGGCUCAAUCUAUUUCUACUAAUUCCUCUUCAAGAAGUGCUGCGAGAGCCCUUGAUGCUCUUCUCCAAGACUAUGCAUACAGGGCCUUUCUACAUCCAAGGACUGGAGUUCCCUACGAUGGGGUUCUUCCAUCUAAUUUGAGUGGGAUUAAGAUUGCAGCAAUGAGACUGAGGAGUGGUAGCUUGAGGAGCAAAGGUGUCAAAAUGUACAGGGAGUUUGAGAUCCCCAUUGGGGUUGUAGAGCAGCCUUAUGUGGAAAGGCUUGUUUUGGUGUACCAAAACUUGGGCAAUUGGUCUAUGCUAUAUUAUUCGCUUCCCAACUGCACUAACCUGGCUCCUGUUCUGGGUCUUCUUGCUUAUGAUGCUUCUAACUUAUCAGCUACAAAUUUGCCGGAAUUGGAUUUUAGGGCAUUUGGGGAUCCUAUAAAAAUCAGGUUCUCAAAUGUGCAAUCCGCUCCAGAUGGGUCUGUUCCCAAGUGUGUUUGGUUUGAUUUACAUGGUUUGGUAAAUUUCAGCAAUUUGACAUCAGGCAACGAGUGUUUAACCUUCCAGCAGGGGCAUUUUUCUAUAGUUACUGAGUCUAUUUCUUCAUCAAGGCCACCAAGUAGAGGGGAAGAAAAAAAGGGUCAUAGAAAAGUCUGGAUAAUUAUUGCUUCUGUUCUGGGUGGAUUGGCAUUGCUGGCAUUGUUGGCAUUCCUGGUACUAUGGGCUCGCAAAUGCAAGCAGAGAAAGAAAAUGCAAGAGAUGGAGAAAGCUGCAGAAGUGGGAGAAGCCUUACAUAUGACCUCGGUUGGGGAUACAAAAGCACCAAUGGCAACAAUCACUCGGACUCAACCAGCUCUUGAGAACGAAUAUGUGCCCUAACUCCCCCCAUGUCUACAAGCAUUUUCUUAAUCAAAAUUCAAUUCCUGUAUUCAGAAAUUCUUCUGCUCACAGCCUCUCACCUAUUGUUCUUUUUGGUGGUUUGUUCUUGGUAGCUUCUUGGUUUUAGUGUGGGUAAUAUAGGAUUUUUGUCUAGGUCUGUGAUUAUUGCUCACAAAUCUUUUCAUUGUUUUAUGAUUCAUUGUUGGUGUGCAUGUAGCCAAAAGCCCAAAAGUGAUUUUAUUCUGUAUGUCAUGAAUUAUUAGUUGUCUCAUUGGUAAGAAAUAAGAGUUUUUUUCUUCUUGCAAUGCCUUGUUAUUUUGAAUUUACUUUUGUCUGUUUAUGUGGAAUGUAGGAUGAAAGCAAACUGAUGUUAAAGAUUGGCUCCGACUGGCAUUGAUUUGAGGCAAAUGUUAGGCUGUCAUGUGUGCUCGAGUUAAAAUUUUCAGUUUUUCAUCAGUUUGGAAACAAAAUCGGUAAUUCUCAUAUACCAUGGUCUGUGGCUAUAUAUUUUGGGUUGCUGUGCUGCAAAGAACUUUAUUCCAAGUUCUUCACUUUUAGCCAAACUUAGUAACCUUCCGCAUUCUGUGAACUUUCCUGAAAGAUGUUUUUUCUUUCAAAAGCCAGAUAAGAUAGAGACAAAUGUUUGUUCUUUCUUUCUAUGAUGGUAGGUUUGGACAAAGUUAAUCAUCUCCGAGGGUAAUGAUUAUAGAUAAAAGGAAAAAAAAUAUUUUACCAGUAAGAACGUAAGGUAUAAGACGUAGAGGAGGCUGAUCAGACUCCAACGACCUUUCCCCUUGAAUUGGUAUUAUAGCAGGGAUGAGGAACUUUUGGAACCUAUCUUCUUGGCUAGAUACAAUUUGGUCAUCUAUAACAUCUUCAAUUACUUCAGAUUCCCUUUUAAAGUGUGGCAAUCGUCCGGCCCCUUCUGCAUAUUUCAUGACAUCAUUAGGACCAUAAGGUCUUCUACAUUAAACAUUGGACGAGUCUCUAAAUCUUGUGGUAACUCUAAAACAUAGGCACUGGAACCAAAUCCCUUUAAAAUUUUAUAAGGACCUAGACUCCAUCGAAUAUAGUUUCUUGAAAGAGCUUCUAGGAAAUCUUUCUGGUCGGAUACAAACCAUAACCAUUUCACCUUUUCUGGGAUCUGCCUAUCUUGGAUGUAAAUCUGCCCUUGGUUUGUAGCUUUCAUUGCUAAAUAUAAUUUUUCGACGAACUUCAUCAAGUUGGCAAGUGCGGAAUUGUUGGAUAAUGAGUGCAUCAUUUGUCUUCAAACUAGGCCACUAAAAUCCGC